GGCGCGCUCGGCUCUUCCCCGAGAGUGAGAGAGAGCGAUCGAGAGAGGGCGGGCGGGCAGCGAGCGGCUCCUGCGCGCGCGACCACUUUCCCUGCGCGCUCCCCCGAGCUCCCAGCAGAAGGUGAAAGUCCCCGGAUGGCGUAGUUGCGCCGAGCGCUGCCUUGCACAGCUGAGCUCGCGGCCGCCGCGCGCGGGCCGGGGACACUUUUCCCGGCGUCUGUCCGGCUCGCAGCGGGUUGGAUCUCCCGGCACCCCGCGCCUCCGAGGUAAUUUGACAAUUGGAAAGAGGGAGCUUAAAGCCACUUCAGAUUUGCGAAGACUGUUUAUGAUCCAGAGUGACUGGACGUGACACAUUUGUCAGGAAAGAAAAUGAUUUCUCAUUAUGUGCUUGCUGUGUUUGCCUUGGUGAGCUCCUGUCUAGCCACUGCAGGUCUCGAGUCCAGCCCCCGCUGUGAGCUGGUGCCUGUCAACACCUCCCACCCGGUGCAGGCCUUGAUGGAGAGCUUCACCGUCCUGUCGGGCUGUGCCAGCAGAGGCACCACAGCACUGCCGCAGGAAGUGCAUGUCCUGAACCUUCGUGGUGCUGACCAGGAACCUGGGCAGCUGAAGAGAGAGGUCACUCUGCACCUCAAUCCCAUCUCUUCAGUUCACAUUCAUCACAAGCCGGUCGUGUUCCUGCUCAACUCCCCAAAUCCCCUCAUCUGGCAUCUGAUGACCGAGAGGCUUGCACUUGGUGUCUCUAGACUUUUCUUGGUGUCGGAGGGUUCUGUGGUCCAGUUUUCAUCAGGAAAUUUCUCCAUGUCAGCGAAAACGGAAGAAAGGAACUUCCCCCAGGACAAUGAACAUCUCUUAAAUUGGGCUCAAAAGGAAUACGGAGCAGUCACUUCAUUCACUGAACUCAAGAUCUCAAGAAACAUUUAUAUUAAAGUGGGGGAAGAUCAAGUGUUCCCUCCCACGUGCAACAUCGGGAAGAACUUUCUCUCACUCAAUUACCUGGCUGAGUACCUGCAGCCCAAAGCAGCAGAAGGGUGCGUGAUGAUCAACCAGCCCCAGGACAAGGAAGUGCACAUCAUUGAGUUAAUCAGCCCCAACUCAAACCCUUACAGUGCUUUCCAGGUGGAUAUAAUAAUUGAUAUAAGACCUUCUCGAAAGGAUCCUGAAGUGAUCAAAAAUCUCGUCCUGAUCUUGAAAUGCAAAAAGUCUGUCAACUGGGUGAUCAAAUCUUUUGAUGUGAAGGGAAGCCUAAAAGUUAUUGCCCCUAACAGUAUUGGCUUUGGAAAAGAGAGUGAAAGAUCCAUGACAAUGACCAAGUCCAUAAGAGAUGACAUUCCUUCAACUCAAGAGAAUCUGAUCAAGUGGGCUUUGUCCAAUAACUAUAGUCCAAUAACAUCAUACACACUCGCACUUGUGGCUAAUAGAUUUCAUCUUCAGGUCGAAAAUAAUGAGGAGAUGAGAGAUGAGGAAGUCCAUACUAUCCCUCCUGAGCUACGAAUCCUGCUCGGCCCUGGCCCACUGCCUGCUCUGGAAAACCCACCUGCCCGGGGAGGGGGAGGCCGAAGUGGAGGUUUCCCUUUUCUUUUCCCUGAGAUGAACAGAAGAGACCAAAAGGAUGGGGUGGACGAUGGAAUUUCCCAGCCAAAGCAUCCUAUCCUCCCCAGCAUACAAUUGUUUCCUGGUCCUCGGGAGCCCGAGGAAUUGCAGGGAAGCGUGGAUGUUGCCCUGUCUGUCAGAUGUGACAACGAAAAAAUGAUUGUGGCUGUAGAAAAGGAUUCCUUUCAGGCCAACAGCCACUCGGGCAUGGAGCUCACCCUGUUAGACCCUACCUGCAAGGCCCGGAUGAAUGGCACCCACUUCAUUCUGGAGUCUCCUCUGAAUGGCUGUGGGACUCGGCACCGACCUGCAGCUCCUGGUGGUGUGGUUUACUAUAACUCUAUUGUGAUACAGGUUCCAUCCCCGGGAGAAAGUAGUGGUUGGCCAGAUGGUUAUGAGGAUUUGGAAUCAGGUGAUAAUGGAUUUCCAGGAGAUCUAGAUGAAGGAGAUGCUCCCUUCUUCAGCCGGCCGGAAAUGGUGGUGUUCAAUUGCAGCUUAAAACAGGCGGUGAAUCCCAGUAGCUUCCAGGACCUUCCCAACAGAAACAUAACCUUCAAUAUGGAGCUGUACAACACUGAUCUCUUCCUGGUGCCAUCCCAGGGUGUCUUCUCCGUGGCAGAGAAUGGACCUGUCUAUGUGGAGGUGUCUGUGACCAAGGCCGAUCAAGAACUAGGAUUUGCCAUCCAGACAUGCUUUAUCUCUCCAUAUUCCAAUCCUGAUAGGAUGUCAGAUUAUACUAUCAUUGAGAACAUUUGUCCUAAGGAUGAAUCCGUGAAAUUCUAUAAUCCCAAGAGAGUGCACUUUCCUAUUUCACAAGCCGAGGUGGAUAAGAAGCGAUUCAGCUUUGUGUUUAAGCCCAUCUUCAACACCUCACUGCUCUUCCUGCAGUGUGAGCUCACGUUGUGUACCAAGAAGGAAAAGGACCCCCAGAAGUUGCCAAAGUGCGUGCCUCCGGAUGAAGCCUGCACUGCGCUGGAUGCCUCCAUGAUAUGGGCCAUGAUGCAGAACAAGAAGACAUUCACCAAGCCCCUUGCUGUGAUCCACCAUGAAGUGGAUCACAUUAAAGAUAAAAAUCCAAGCUUUGAGAAACAGAAUCCAGAUCCUCCACCAAUUUUCCAUGGCCUGGACACCCUGACUGUGAUGGGUAUCGCAUUUGCAGCAUUUGUGAUUGGAGCCCUCCUUACAGGGGCCUUGUGGUACAUCUAUUCACACACAGGGGAGACAGCCAGGAGACAGCAGGUGCCCACGUCCCCACCGGCCUCGGAGAACAGCAGCGCAGCACACAGCAUUGGCAGCACACAGAGCACACCCUGCUCCAGCAGCAGCACUGCCUAGCCUGCCCGCCAAGGCCGAAGGCAGGACCUCCCGGCCACCAGCAUUCGUUAGUUCAGACUUGGAAGACUUGAUUGAUUGUGGUUCCCUUGUAAAGAAAAAUGAGUUUCAGUAUAAAGAUCACCUGUUGUAUUCGUCACCCCCACCCCCACCCCUGCCCCAGGGCUAAUAUAUUGGCAGCCCUGGGCAUGAGUAACACUCUAGAAUUCAUGUGUGAAAGCUGAGGUGGUGGUCUCCACCAGCCCUCCUGGGCUUGGGGGUUUUCAAUGUGAAACACAUGCCAGUUUUUUUAAAUGCUGCUUUGUCCAAGUAAGAACAUCAUCCAUGAUUUGAGGUCCUGAGUUUUACCCAGACUCCAGGAGUUGGUAAAAGGGUAAGAGCCAGAUACAACCAGUGAGAUGUGGCCAAAGAUUCUUUUAUAACUGAACCAAGAUGUAAAACAGAAGAUGUGCUCUGAGACGCUCUAAAGUUUCUCCUUGUGGAAUUUGCACGUUUGUCAGGAGGCAUGCUUCACAUCCACUCCACACCUUAAGUGUGUGUGUUGGGGUGUGUUGAUGAAUGUGGUGUGUGUGUGUGUGUGUGUGUGUGUGUGUGUAUGUGGGUGUGUGAGUGAAAUGCAGGACUUGUUGGGCUCUGCCCUCAGGACUGAAUCCUGACACACAGCUAGGCAACAUUCCUUUCUUGUUCCCUGGGCCAGAACCUUGUUGAUGACCUUGUCCGCUUCCUCUUCUCCCUCCUCCCUAACAGCACACGGCCUGCAAAACUGUCUUAAUGCAAAUUUAUUUCCUGUCCAUUUAGAGGUGGAAAAUGGCCGGAAUCUAGGGCUGCAAUUUUGAGAUACUUUCUGACAUUUUGCCCUGCUCAAAUGGCCUGUCAAUUCGGACAGACUUCAUUUGCGAAACUGAGGAGGAAUUUGUACAGGACUCUGUGAAUGCAAGUACAAGUUUAUAAUCCAUCAUCUGAAACAUUCGAUGGAGUGGGGGGAAAAAAUCACAUUUAAAAAAUGUCCUGUACCUCCAGAGCUGGAAUUUAUUCUUACAUAUAUUUGGUAGAUGUUUGUAUGUUGAUUCAAAAUAGGUCAAUCCUAUCAAUGGAUCCUUUCAGGAAAAUCAAGCUCUUGGGAGAUACAAAUGGCUGACCAGUUGGUUAGCCAAAUGGCUGUUUGGUUCCAGUUGGUUAUCUGGACAGUAUCCCCAGUUCUGCCAAGAAAGUAAUGGGAUAUGGAAAGGGGCAUUUCGUUGGGUUUUUAUAGCUCUCUUGCCUUAAAUAUAUCCCAUACUCAAAAAAGCUUUUGAGGUAAAUUUCAUGAAAUGGAAUCAUAUGAUGCCACUUUACCAACAAAAUAAGCUCAACUGAUACCUUUAUGUUAAAAAUAAAUAAAUAAAAUUCCAGGAGAAAAUAUCAUUUCCAAGCCAUUUACUACUGAGGACUGCUUCCUUGCCAAUAAAUAAAAAGUUUUUCAAAAUUCCCCAGAAACAGUGCAGAAUUUUGUGAGACUAGAAUGUACCCAGAAUCUUCGUAUACAUGUCCUGUUGUUCAUAAAGAAAGUUGUGCCUGAUUCUUUGUAAACGGAAUGUGAAGUAGAAGAUAAUGACAGAAAAACAUCAUGACAGACAAGUAGGCGGAGAUUUAUUGUAUUGCCACUCAGUGGAUUCUGCAGAUAGUCCUAAGAAUAUCAUUUUAAUCAGAACAGAUUACUUUGAGGGCUAAGAUUUCCAGCUAUCUAUAUUGACAUACAGAAAAAUUUACAGAUUCCCGCAUACAAAGGUAGAUGUGAUAUUGCAGAGUGUUUUCCCUUGGUUAAUUUUUUUCUAACAUAAGGUAUCAGAGCUAGAUUAUGCUACCUGUGUUUGAAAAUAAUGCGCUUUGCCUAACCUUCAGCAGAAUGUAUUGUUUUAGCAUAUUCUAUGUAUAAAAAAGUUUAAAGAUGUCUUCAAAGAAGACUAGAGUCUUUAAGUCACUUAUAGCUAUAUUUUACUACAAAAAUUCAUGUAUAAAGAUAUAUUUAAGUGUUUUUAGUUAAAUUUAGGUUACUCCAUAUGAAAUGUUUAAUUUUAAGUUACUGUGAAUUCUUUUGAUCUGUGCUUUGUCUUUUUUAAAGCCCUUUCCAUCUUAUUGCAAAGAAAGUUAGCUAUUAAGAGGUAUUAAAAGAUCCAGUGCCUAGAUGGACAGGGUUAAAACCUUUUGUAAUAUAUUUAAAUGUAUAUUUUUAAGAGAGAUACUACAUUGCCAAUGAUUUUAUAAAUUAAAAUUUACAAAUUUAUGGAGACAAACCAAAAUAUUUUUUUAAGAGAAGAUUAAAAAAUUAGUUUGUUUGGCAGUUCUUGUCAUAAGUCAUUAUUUAGAUCAAGAAAUCUGUGUUGUUGAAACCAUUGUUGAUUGAAAAGUGAAUGUCAUUAAUUGCUGAUACAUUUCUAAAAACAGAACAUUUUUAAAUCGUUUUCCUAUCUUCCUGUUACAGCAUUUCCAGUUGCUUCAGACUUCACAGUUUUAAUACAAAAUACCAGCUUACAUUAUAACACAUUGUGUAAGAUGUUUUUAAAAAUAACAUUGUUAUAUUCCAGUUAUACUCUUCUAUCUGCAAAGUUGUUCUUUUGUCUUCAGGCUGCACCCCUAAUUCUUAGAAUCCAUUUUGUUUUGUUUGAUGAAAAGCUAUUGUUGAAAUGUUCUGAACUGCAAGACAGAUUAUCUACAUAAGAUCCUAUAAAUCUUCACCAUGUGGUGUUUACCAGCUGUUACUCUGUACUUUAAAAGUCCGAAUUCUUCUAAACUACUUCUGUAGCAUUUUCUAAACAACAACUAGUCUUUUCCUUUUCUCCUGAGAUUGCAAACCUGUUCCCUAGGUGUGCUCUGUGGUGGGCGUGAUUGGGAGUGAGUGUGGGGGCGUACCUCGUCCCAGUCUUUCUGUACUGUAACUACCUCAUGGUUUGAGUGAAGGUUGUACUACUAGGUGUGUUCACAGAGCACAUUUUGUUGGGUAUAUCUUGCGUGUGAUUUUUUUCCUGUUUGUUUUAUCUGGGGGUUGUUUAUGACACUGACAGAUGUUUUUCUUUAAAGGAUUAUUAUCAGUUUCCAGAUACAAUGCUUCUCUCUUCUGGUUUUUCCUAAAUGAGCCUGAUUUUGUUGCUGUUUUUCAUUACCUAUGAGGGUAAAAAGAGUACCCUUUAAAUCCCUGUGGCCAGUUUGAACACCCCUGGUGUACUAUUUUCUCUGUUCAAUGUGUCUGCAAUUUUUUUUAACAUGCUUAGAUGUAUAGUUUUGAUAACCACAGUUUUAAGUCCUUUAUCUGUGCAUAAUAAAAAGAUAUAUAUCAAUUA